AAGGAAGCCACAAUCUGACUCCAUGCUAAUAGACUCAUAGUAUACUCUAGCCCCGCCCACUCUGACAGCCGAUAAAGGGAAGGGGGCGUGGCCUGUAUGCUGCACCUGCGCGGCUUGCAGGUAAGUGGCACGCGCCUGGACUCCAAAUCCGGAAGUGGCGAGACGUCCAGGAGAGAGGAAGUGAAGACCUCGCUGUGUGUUUCUGAAGCCCCCUGAGCAUGGAGCGCUACAGGUACUUCAUCGUGAACCAGAAGCAGGCGGUGGUGUGGGGAGUUCUGCAGGUGGCCUGCGCCGGCCUGUGUGUCGUGUGUGGAUUUAUAGACGCGGUUUUCCGGAUGAAUACGACCCUCAGUGAAACCAGAGCUCCUCUGUGGGCUGGACUGAUCAUGGCCAUCCCCGGGGUGCUCGCACUUUUUACCUCGCAAAGGAAAAACCCCACGCUGGUUAAUAUCAUGAUUAUUUCAUCUGUCGUCUCUCACGUUGCCACUGUGAUCGUAUUCAUUUACGCCGGCGUGACGCUCAGCUACGGAGAGGAAGACGAUGAACUUUUCCACCCCCAUCACAUCACUGAAGUGAAGUUUGUGCUGAGCCGCAUGGUGAAGGGAGCGAACAGCACCAUGGUGUUAGCCGGAGUCGGCUCGUUCCUCUUCUCCUCCCUCAUCGCGUACGUGGGGUGCCGCAGUCUGCCGCUCUGUGGCUGCUAUGAUUCAGUCACAGGCAUGGAGACGCUUGUUCCUCAGAAUGACCCGAGUGCUUCAGGUGAACUAGUCUGUUCAUGGCAUGGUGGAGACGAGCGGGUGUUUAACUCGCCCGUGUCGUUUAUGGAGUGCUGUCCUGAGCAGGGACAGGAACUCUCUGCACUUCCUCCAUACAGCACACUCGCGUAGGCGCUGAAGUGCGCACUCCUGAGUGUGCGCUCGCUGUGAACGCUUGGGGCCGUUCAGUCUCUCAGUAUGAACCCUGAAGAGAGGAAUAUGAAGCUCUGAAUACAGGUCCAUACGUUUCCUUGCACUUCUUUUUACUGACUGAAGUUCUUAGGUGCCAUAUUACUGUAUGCAAUGUUUAUAUGUUUUUAUAAUUUUAAUUUAUCUAAUUUAUAUCAUGAAAUGCCUGUAUAUAUUGUGAAACAAACAACUAAUUUGUAAUAAAUAGUUUUUACCCAGA